AAAGCAUACAACAGCGACACCUUUCUCGUGAAGCGAUAUAAAGUUGAAAUAUCCACCUCGCACGAUGCUUUAUCUCCUUUUUUAUCUGCAUGGUACCUUACUUUUACUAUCGUUAGUUCUUGUAUGUAGUUUUGCGACUUAUCUGGUUUAUAAAAGACAAAAAUUCUUGCAUAUUCCGAGUCCACCUAUGUCGAGUUUUUUUAAGGGCCAUGCAGAUGAGAUAAGUUCUAUGCGUCAUACAGGUUAUCCCACAGAUCAAAAGUUUCUGGAAUGGCAUAUAGUGUAUGGCAAGGUUCUUGUUGUCUGGUUCUGGCACAUUCCUGUGCUUCUGGUGGUUGAUCCAGAAAUAAUUAAGAAUGUGCUUGUAGUCAAGUGCCAACCUAAAGAGGCCAUGUCUUAUAAAAUACUGGGAAGUCUCUAUGGACAAAGAUUUCUUGGCCGUGGAUUGGUAACCAACCUUGAUGACGAUUCUUGGAAGAAAAGACGUGCCAUAAUGCACCCAGCCUUCCAUCGCAAGAGUCUAAAAGAUUUGAUGGGCUCUUUUAAUUCUACUGCUGACCUUUUGCUUGAACACCUGGGUACAAUGGCUGAUGGACAAACAGAAAUUCAUAUGUUUAACCAGUUUACCAAGGCAGCAUUAGAUGUCAUUUGUAAGGUGGCAUUUGGCAUGGACUUAGAAAUUAUGAGUGGAAAGGAGAACAAGUUUUCUGAAGCUGUCUCUUUGAGUUUUUAUGGAGUAGAAGAAGCAUCUUUUGACAUGUUCCACCAGUUCAACGUUUUCCAGUAUCCAUUCCAACGAAAAGUGGUUAAGGCUGUGCAGUUUUUGCGUGAAACUGGAAGGAAAGUGAUUGAAGCAAGAAAGCAUGCCAUGGCAAGAGGAGAAGAGGUCCCUGAUGAUAUAUUACAACGAAUUAUUCAACAACAAGAAGAAAUUCCUGAGCUUGGAAUUGAAGACUUAGUGGAUGAUUUUGUGACUUUCUUCAUCGCUGGUCAUGAAACUACCUCCAGUUUGUUGGCGUUUUGUGUUCUUGACCUAGGAGACCAUCCUGAUAUUCAGGACAGGUGAUAAAAGAGACAUUGCGGCGUCAUCCACCAGCGACUGGUAACAUACGAAAGAUUGAAAAGGGUCAAGAUGUCGGAGGAUAUAAAAUACCUACAGAUGUCGCCAUCAUUACGAGCACCUAUGUGGCCAGUCACUUUCCUGAAUACUGGAAAAACCCAGAGGAAUUCAACCCUUACCGAUUUGACGAUGGCGAAGUACUUAGGAGGUGUCAUUACAGCUACUUUCCAUUCUCACUUGGACCUCGCAACUGUAUUGGACUAAACUUCGCCCAGAUCGAGGCCAAGGUUCUGCUGUCACGCUUUCUUCAGACGUUCAAGUUUUCUUUGGUACCUGAUCAGUCGCGCGCUGUUCUUGAAAGAGGGACCCUCCGACCCAAGGAUGGUGUGAAGUGUACAUUAACUAAACGGCACUAGGAACAAGUGCGUUCGGUCCAAUUGAGUGUCUUUUAGCUGUUUUAUACAAAGAAAAUAUUUAUGGAUAACACUU